AUGACAAAUAUCGAUUAUGAAUAUGUUGAUGAGAUAUCUAUAGAUGAAAAUUAUAAAUGUUCUAUUUGCAGUAGACCAUUUAAACAGCCAGUAACAACACCAUGUGACCAUAACUAUUGUCAAGAUUGUAUUCAAAAUUGGUUAAAUCAAAAUCGUUUAUCAUGUCCAACAUGUCGUGAACCUUUAUCAACAGAUGAUCUAACACCAAUCACUACUCGUUUAGUAUUAAAUAUUCUUGAUAAACUUCUUGUUAAAUGUUCUCAAUGUCAACAAAGCGGAAUUCAACGUGGAAAUUUAAAUGAUCAUAUAACAAAAUUUUGUCCAAAAAUCCUUGUUAUCUGUACAGCAUCUGAUAUUAAAUGUCCAUGGUCAGGUACACGUGAUGAACUUAAAAGUCAUCUUUCAACAUGCUAUUAUGAACAAUUACGAUCUGUACUUACUCAACUCAUUACUAUGAAUCAACAAUUUGAAGAGCAUGUGCAAACUCUUACAAAUCAUGUACAAACUUUACAAUUAGCAGUUUAUAAUCCAACAAGUCGUUUAAUUACAUUUGAUAAACUUAUCGAAAUUGAAAAUAAAAUCGAUUCGGGAGUAUUGCCUGAAUUUUACGAAGGUUUACGAUGGAUUAAUGUUUGGUAUAUGCAUGAACAAUGGGUUAAAACUAAUCAUGCUAUUAGCGGUUGGAAAAAUGCUUAUACACAUAAUCAUACAUGUGUUGCUUUUAACGGAAAAGGCAAUUCUAUGAAAAUAUGUUCAAAAAAUAUCGGUAAUGAAACAUUUUCAUUAAUAUCUUUUGAAGCAACUGCUGCUUGGCAUGAUAAUCUUCAAAUAAAUAUUAUUGGACAACGAGUUAAACAAGAAAUCUAUUCAAAGACAAUCAUUCUUCAAUUUAAUCAGUCAAAAGUGUUUCAAUUUGAUUGGAAAAAUAUUGAUCAGAUUAAAUUUAUUCCAGUCAACGGAACGUAUCAUUCACAAAUUCAAUAUGAUGAAAAAUAUUUUGCUUUGACUUGGAUACUUUUAGGUUAA